AUGGCCGAACGUUCAAAUCUGACUUCAAGGGCUAUCCCAUCAAUUACACUCUGUUUUCCAAGCUCUCCAGCUCCGACACCGUCCGACUUGCACGAUGCAAAUGGCGAUACAAACCUAGCCAUCGAACGCUUCCGAGUCUCCGAAGUUGCAGUCGUAGCUGGCGGAGCAGGGGAUUUAAGUGCUGCCUCCAGCAAAGCCCUUCUUGAACAUGGACUUCAGGAACUAGCCAUAUUCGACGCCGCCACAGAAGAUAUAGCCAAGCCCGUCAUCUUCCAGCUCAGUUCUGACUUCCCCUUUGCCAAGAUCACAUUCACCAAAGUCGAUAUCACUGAUGCUGAUGCUCAUGCUAUGCAGCACUCCAUAGACUCGUGGAGACGAACUCUCGAGGUUAACACCACCGGGUCAUUAAUCAUUGCUCAAGCCGUUGCCAAAACAAUGGCAGAGGCCAAAACAGGGGGCAGCAUUGCUCGGGUGGCGAGCAUAUUGGGCAUUUGGGUGAACUUCCCACAGCUACAGGCUGGGUACAACGCUUCCAAGGCGGCUGUUAUUAUGAUGAAGAAUUCUUUGGCUGUGGAGUGGGAUAGGUAUGGGAUUACGGUGAAUACCAUCAGCCCCGGCUAUGUGAACACCAUUCUCAACGAGGGAGAGGGACUUGAUGAGGCGAAGAAGAUUUGGCUAGCCAGGAACCCGAUGGGGAGGAUUGGCGAGCGGGAGGAGCUGUGUGGUGCUGUGGUUCCUCUUGCUCGUCGAGCGGGAAGCCACAUCACUGGGGCAGAUAUCGUUGUGGACGACGGUCAGUCUCUUCUGUGA